ACUUCCUUAAAACCUAGCGCUCCGUCCCGUCCCCCACCCGAUCCCCAGACGCAGCCGCCACAAACCGGGAGAGCACGAGCAGCGACGCGAGGGGCGCCGUCACCUGCGCCGCCUCCUCCCGACGCAGCCUCCUUCUCUUCCUCAGCGGUUUAAGCUUCACACGCAGCCAUGGGUAAGGAGAAGUCCCACAUCAACAUCGUGGUCAUUGGCCACGUCGACUCCGGCAAGUCGACCACCACCGGCCACCUGAUCUACAAGCUUGGAGGCAUCGACAAGCGUGUGAUCGAGAGGUUCGAGAAGGAGGCCGCGGAGAUGAACAAGAGGUCCUUCAAGUACGCGUGGGUGCUUGACAAGCUCAAGGCCGAGCGUGAGAGAGGUAUCACCAUUGAUAUCGCCCUGUGGAAGUUCGAGACCACCAAGUACUACUGCACUGUCAUUGAUGCCCCUGGUCACCGUGACUUCAUCAAGAACAUGAUCACGGGUACCUCCCAGGCUGACUGUGCUGUCCUUAUCAUUGACUCCACCACUGGUGGUUUUGAGGCUGGUAUCUCCAAGGAUGGCCAGACCCGUGAGCAUGCUCUCCUUGCUUUCACUCUUGGAGUGAAGCAGAUGAUCUGCUGCUGCAACAAGAUGGAUGCCACCACUCCCAAGUACUCCAAGGCCCGUUAUGAUGAAAUUGUGAAGGAAGUCUCCUCCUACCUCAAGAAGGUUGGCUACAACCCUGACAAGAUCGCCUUUGUCCCCAUCUCUGGUUUUGAGGGUGACAACAUGAUUGAGAGGUCCACCAACCUUGACUGGUACAAGGGCCCAACCCUGCUCGAGGCUCUUGACCAGAUCAACGAGCCCAAGAGGCCUUCGGACAAGCCCCUGCGUCUCCCCCUUCAGGAUGUGUACAAGAUUGGUGGUAUUGGAACUGUUCCUGUUGGCCGUGUUGAGACCGGUAUCAUCAAGCCUGGUAUGGUUGUUACCUUUGGUCCCAGCGGUCUGACUACUGAGGUGAAGUCUGUUGAGAUGCACCAUGAGGCUCUCCAGGAGGCUCUUCCUGGUGACAAUGUUGGCUUCAACGUGAAGAACGUUGCCGUGAAGGAUCUGAAGCGUGGGUAUGUGGCCUCCAACUCCAAGGAUGACCCUGCCAAGGAGGCUGCCAGCUUCACCUCCCAGGUCAUCAUCAUGAACCACCCUGGACAGAUCGGCAACGGCUAUGCCCCAGUGCUGGACUGCCACACCUCCCACAUCGCCGUCAAGUUUGCUGAGCUCGUUACCAAGAUCGACAGGCGAUCUGGUAAGGAGCUUGAGAAGGAGCCCAAGUUCCUCAAGAACGGUGAUGCUGGUAUGGUUAAGAUGGUUCCCACUAAGCCCAUGGUGGUGGAGACCUUCUCUGAGUACCCUCCUCUUGGUCGUUUCGCUGUCCGUGACAUGAGGCAAACAGUUGCUGUUGGUGUCAUCAAGAGUGUGGAGAAGAAGGACCCGACUGGUGCCAAGGUGACCAAGGCUGCGGCCAAGAAGAAAUGAUGUGCCUGGUGGUUUAUGCUGCGUCUGCUUUUGCGAUACCUAGAUACCUUUUCAUUAUCCCAUAAGUUUUGUCUGCGGUCAUUGCUGUUAUAUCCUGUGAACUUUUAAGGUCUGCCGGCGGUGUGCCAUUUGUAUGCUAGGUACUGUGUUGUUAUUUCAGCUUCGGUGAAACUUGGAAUGCUCUAAGACUUACGGUGUGCCCUUUUGGGCGUCGUUAAACGUAUUGUCAGGAGUCAUCUUGUUAUCUUUA